AUGCUUCUCCGCGACUGCACCCCCGAUGACCUGGCAUACCUGCCACCGGGGUUCAUGACAGGUAUGCAACCUCGCCUGGGACGAUCCCCCAUGACCGAGUUCGCCUGGGGAUGCUUCCAGCCCAGGUCGCGGUCCCAGGCAAUGCUGCACAUCUGUCAUGAACCCCGGUGGCAGGUAUGCCAGGUCAUCGGGGGUGCAGUCGCGGAGAAGCAUGUUGCCGGCAAGCCAGAGAACGGUGACAUGGGCGCGGAGCUCCACGAUGAAGUGUUGAGCUCAGCGAUGCUCAAUUCUGCGUUGCCCAGGAUAAAGAUGGCAACGUCGUUGCAGUGUUCCCUGAAAGCCAGACGCUCUAGGUGA